AUGCCACCAAUUCGCUCUCAAAGCUCAAAAAAAUCAAUCGAGCAAGAGGGUAGGAUAUUACUAGCUAUUCAGGCUAUUAAAAAACAAGAAAUUAGCUCUAUUCAUUUACGUAGAGCGGCCCCCCGGCCUACUACUGUACAAGAAAUAGCGAAUCUUUUACUUCAACAACGUAGAACCACCCCGGUGAUUUUGACCUAUAACUUUAUACAACGGUAUCCUCUCCUCUCCUCCCGAUUCUCGAGACGCUAUAAUUACGAACGUGCGAAGUGUGAAGACCCAAAGAUUAUUUAA